UGGCGGCGCCGAGGAGGAGGAAAGCCCCGCUCUUGCGGCGUGGCGCUGCCCUGGAGCCGCGUCAGCAGCCCGGGGGAGACCAGCGCGGGGCCUACGCUGCAGGAGGAGGAGGCGGAGGGGGAAGUGGUUCUCUUGCCUUUCUCCUUCUCCCCGCCUUUGCCUGAAGGGAGCUGGGCUGCCAAGGAACUAUAUUUCAAGAACCUGUCUAAGCAGAAACAAAAGCAAAUAAUGGAGAAGAAUGGGAACAACCGGAAACUUCGGGUUUGUGUUGCUACUUGUAACCGAGCUGAUUAUUCCAAAUUGGCACCAAUCAUGUUUGGAAUUAAAGCAGAACCACAGUUCUUUGAGCUUGAUGUGGUGGUUCUGGGAUCCCACCUGAUUGAUGACUAUGGUAACACUUACCGUAUGAUUGAGCAAGAUGACUUUGACACCCACACCAGGCUACACACAAUAGUGAGAGGAGAAGAUGAGGCAGCCAUGGUGGAGUCAGUUGGUCUUGCCUUGGUCAAGCUACCAGAUGUCCUCAAUCGCCUGAAGCCUGACAUAAUGAUAGUCCAUGGAGACAGGUUUGAUGCCCUUGCGUUGGCGACAUCUGCGGCCUUAAUGAACAUUCGAAUUCUUCACAUUGAAGGUGGGGAAGUCAGUGGGACCAUAGAUGACUCCAUCAGGCAUGCCAUAACCAAGUUGGCCCAUUACCAUGUGUGUUGCACAAGAAAUGCAGAACAGCAUUUGAUAUCUAUGUGUGAAGACCAUGACCGGAUCCUCCUGGCAGGUUGCCCUUCGUAUGACAAGUUGCUGUCUGCCAAAAAUAAAGAUUACAUGAGCAUUAUCCGCAUGUGGUUAGGUGAGGAUGUAAAACCAAAGGAUUAUAUAAUAGCUUUACAACACCCAGUGACCACAGACAUUAAGCAUUCCAUAAAGAUGUUUGAAUUGACUUUGGAUGCCCUCAUCUCUUUUAACAAGAGGACACUGGUUUUAUUCCCAAAUAUCGAUGCAGGGAGCAAAGAAAUGGUUCGGGUAAUGAGGAAGAAAGGUGUUGAGCACCACCCAAAUUUCCGAGCUGUAAAGCAUGUUCCUUUUGACCAGUUCAUUCAGUUAGUGGCUCAUGCUGGUUGUAUGAUUGGAAACAGCAGCUGUGGUGUUCGAGAAGUUGGGGCUUUUGGUACCCCAGUCAUCAAUCUUGGAACACGCCAGAUAGGAAGAGAAACAGGUGAAAAUGUCCUUCAUGUUCGUGAUGCUGACACCCAGGACAAAAUACUGCAAGCCCUGCAUCUCCAGUUUGGAAAACAAUAUCCUUGUUCUAAAAUAUAUGGGGAUGGGAAUGCUGUUCCAAGAAUCUUGAAGUUCCUUAAAUCUAUUGACCUCCAAGAACCUCUUCAAAAGAAGUUCUGCUUUCCUCCUGUAAAGGAAAACAUUUCACAAGAUAUUGACCAUAUCCUAGAAACCCAGAGUGCACUGGCAGUGGAUCUAGGUGGAACAAACCUCCGGGUAGCAAUUGUCAGCAUGAAGGGUGAAAUUGUGAAGAAAUAUACUCAGCAGAACCCCAAAACAUAUGAGGACAGACUAGAACUGAUCCUUAAGAUGUGUGUUGAGGCUGCAUCAGAAGCAGUAAAUCUGAACUGCAGAAUUCUGGGUGUGGGCAUUUCUACAGGUGGACGAGUAAAUCCUCGAGAAGGCGUUGUUCUUCAUUCCACAAAACUUAUUCAGGAAUGGAGUUCUGUUGACCUACGGACUCCCAUAUCAGAUGCUCUGCAUUUGCCAGUGUGGGUAGAUAAUGAUGGCAAUUGUGCAGCUCUGGCAGAGAGGAAAUUUGGGCACGGAAAAGGAGUGGAAAGUUUUGUAACGCUCAUCACUGGGACAGGUAUUGGUGGCGGAAUCAUUCAUCAGAAUGAAUUGAUUCAUGGAAGCUCUUUUUGUGCUGCUGAACUUGGACACAUUGUGGUAACUCUUGAUGGACCAGAGUGCCUAUGUGGAAGCUAUGGAUGUAUAGAGGCCUAUGCUUCCGGAAUAGCCUUACAAAGAGAAGCAAAAAAACUGCAUGAUGAAGAUUCAUUAUUAGUUGGAGGGAUGUCUGUGAAGAAGGAAGAGGCAGUAACUGGUGCACAUCUCAUCCAGGCUGCUAAACUGGGAAAUCCAAAAGCUGAUAAUAUUGUCAGAACAGCUGGACAAGCACUGGGCCUUGGAGUUGUGAAUAUUCUGCAUACCAUUAAUCCCUCCCUUGUCAUACUUUCUGGUGUCUUGGCAAGCCAUUAUGUUAAUAUUGUCAAAGAGGUGAUCCAACAGCGGGCCUUGUUUUCUGUACAGACAGUGGAUGUAGUUGUCUCGGACCUGACAGAUCCUGCCCUGCUUGGAGCUGCUAGCAUGGUUCUGGAUUAUACAACACGUAGAAUAUACUAAACCAAAAGAGUAGAAAUUGAUGGCAGCAGUUUACAGGGGUUUAUCUCUUUGGAAAGAGAUUUCUUACUGGUACUAGUUCUGUUUUUGAGGUAGGGUAGGAAAUCAUUGAGAAUAUCUUUAUGCCUAAAUAUUUUAUUCCUUCUUUUUAUGUGCUUUCCCAUUUGUAAGUUGGAUGAUCACAGGAUACUAGAAAGAUGAUUCAUGGACAAGAUCAUCUCACAAACUUUUAUGAAACUAAACAAUUAAAGAUGCCACAUCUAAAUUUUCUUACUUCUUCCUGCUUAUAUAUUUUCCAGUUCCUUUAGCCGGUGCAGUUAUUUCAACAGCCAAACAUUGGGAUAGUCAUUAAACAAGGAAUUUUCCCUUACAGAUGUAUAUAAUUGGUUCUUGCUUCUGUAGAGUAAAAUGAAAAAACACAUUCUCUGUUCGAUGAAAGUACAACAUAUCAGUCUAGAAUAUGCAGUGAUUGUAUAUGUAUUUAUUUGCUAAAUUAAUAUUAAAAAUCCUUGUUGGGAAAAA